AUGCAGUUCCUCACUCUCGCUCUCCUGGCCACCACCGCCGCUGCCAGCCCCAUGGAUAAAUUCUUCAACUUGAAGACCUUUGGCGCCACCGAGCCCAAGUUCAACGACUUGUACGUCUCGACUUACCACGUGUCGUCGACAACCAGCGACGCCGUGCUGCAGGGUGCCAAGGAGGCCCAGAAGUUCUCCUUCGGCAACGGCACGGUGGUGAUGGAUGUGGAGAGCCCCCUGAAGUGGGAGAUGGAGCUGGUUACUGUCAACGAAGCCGAAUGGAACCCCGUUCAGGUCAACGUCAACGCCGGCGCGGGCGGCAAGGGCUUUUCCGUCCAGAAGACUGGGCUGGAGGGAGCGAAGGACCAGGAGUUUGGUGGUUGGUUGGCGUGCGACUGGUACCACGGUGUGCCGCAGCUGUUCUUCCUCGCCAAGGAAUACAAGGCCCACAUCCCCUCGACUUGCAGCAAGGUCCAGCUGAAGCCGGAGUAG